AUGGGGCCGUACAUUCGCGUCAAGCGAAGGAACCAGACAGUGUUCGUGGAUGUGCAGCCGAGUGACUCGUUCCGUAGCGUAAAGGAAAAGCUCGGCGUGCUGUUUCAUGUACCGUGGACGAGUAUCCAGCUCUGGGAGGGACUGAAUAAGAAAGACAGCAAGGAGUUUGUCGAUGGCGCGACGUUAGCAGACCAUGAAGUGCCGAAUGAUGCGGUGGUGUACAUGUGCUGGAAGAAAGAGAACUCAGAUGAAUGGGAAGAGCUGAGUGUAGCCAAAGUGGAAGCCCUGGAGGCUGGGGACGCUUCGAAGUCAACGGGAGGCAAUGGAUCAGGAGGGAACGGGACAACCGCCGAGUCGUAG